CCUCAACUUUCUUCGCUCCUCUAUCUUCAAGAAGAUCGUUGACAUGCCAUGCCGGUAGCUCAGAAAAGAUCUGCUGAUAAUCACGACUCGACGCCGGCCAACACCGCCAAGGCCCCUAGAGCAAACCCCUCGGCGGACGGGGAGGGUGUGCACCUCGCUCCGAGACACCCGUUUGGCGUGUUGCCAGGCGGCAAUGCCCUCUUUGCAACCAAGGCGAUCCGGCGCUCCUCGCUCGGCCUCCUCGCGCUGCUGUCCGACAAUGACAUUCUAGCAAUCUUCCAGCUCCUCGAGCCCAACGAUCUGACCAAGCUGGGAGCAGUCAGCCGGGCGGUUCGAGCCUUUGCGCUGCACGAGCCCAACUGGAAGGAGGCGACGCUCGAAUUGACCAAGGGCAGGCUUGCGUGCUGGCGCGGCAGCUGGAGGGCGACGUACAUUGACCACGCAAAGGGCAAAGUGGGGAUCGAUGAUGGCGUCGCUGCUAUCGGUCCCACGAUUGGGGACGCCAAGGGCCUCUUCUCCGAUGCUCUCUACCUUCCGCUCCACAUUGCUUCGCUUCCUCUGCAUCCCUAUACCCCAAGCGAAAGUGGACAUCGCCGUCAGCCAUACAACUUGAUCCAGCGCGUCGACUCAUCAUCGCUCACGCCUGAGGAGUUCCAGGCCCGCUUCGCUCGACCGAGUGUUCCCUGCAUUCUCUGCGACGCUGCAGGCGCCCAGGAAGUGCCUCCAUGGACGCUGUCGGACCUCGUGCAAAUGUACGGCAAUCGACGGAUCCGUGCCGAGGCUCUCUCGCUGCCGAUGUGCGCAUACAACGACUAUGCGCAGUCCUGUGCGCAUGCGCUGGACGAUGGCGAGGAUGUCCGGUGGGUGCCGGACGAGUCGCCGUUCUAUCUCUUUGAUCCGACACUGGCCAGGACGAUGCAUCGGGAGGGAAGGUUCCUGGUACCUCGACUUCUCCGGAGCGAUGAGUCGCCGUCGGACGAUGAGGAGAGCAAGCGCAGAAAGAGAGGAGAGAUAAGGAAGGAGUGGGACCUCUUUUCACUCCUGCAGGACCGAAGACCAGAUCACGUCUGGGUCAUUGCUGGGCCCCAACGUAGCGGCAGUGGGUGGCACACGGACCCAAACUACACCUCGGCCUACAACACGGUCCUGUCUGGCCACAAGCUCUGGCUCCUCCUCCCACCGCACCUCACCCCACCGGGCAUCUACAUCACGCCAGACGGCGCCGACAUUACGGCGCCCCUCAGCAUCGGCGAGUGGCUCGACGGCUUCUGGAAGGAGUGCGUCAAGAAGCACGGCACGGGUGCCCAGGGCGAUGGCCAGCUGCUCGUGGGUGUGUGCGCGCCGGGCGAGACGAUGUUUGUGCCCGCCGGGUGGAAGCAUCUCGUCGUCAACCUCGACGAGUCGGUGGCCUUUACGCAAAACUUUGUCAGCCCCGCUGAGCUGCCUGCCGUCCUCGACUUUCUCAAGAAUCGGCCAGACCAGAUUUCGGGCUUUCGCAUCCGGCGCGCAGCAAAAUCGUCAUUGUCGUCGUCGUCGCCCUGCUGCGGGGAGGAGGAGGCUCAGGAGUCGGAUCCGGAGCUGGACGAGCUGGACGACGGCGGCUUGCGCGAGAAGGGCAAGCUGUUUGAGACGUUUGUCAAGAGGCUGAGGGACUUCGAUGAACGCUUGGCCAAUGAGGGGUUAGCGUCGAUGGAGAGGAUCGAGAAAGAGCGGCGAGAGAGGCAAGGCAGCGGCACGGAGACGGUGGUGGGCAAGGUGGGCGCGACUGCCAAGAAGGAUGCCGGUGGCUCCAGCACCUGGUGGGAGGAGCUGAAAAGGGGCGGCGAGAAGGGGGAACAGAGCACAGGCUUCUCGUUCUCGCUUGCGCCUGGUGAUGGAGACGAAGACGGAGACGCGGCCUUGGGAGAGGUCCCAUGGUAGAGACCGAGCAUCAUGUAACAGUAACAGUAGAAACACUCAAGAAGAUUGCAUUUGUGUACACGUUUGCCUGCGGUGCCGAUGAUAGUAUAUGAUGCUGAUG